AUGUCUGCCGCGGAAUCCAUGUCCGCCGAUCGACUGCGCGCCGAUGGCGUAAUUUCCGCCCUCCCUGCAAUCUCCGUCUCCGGCGGCGCCGCCGCGGUUUCCGCCGCAAAUGACGGCGCCGGCGUCGCCAUUGCCGUCGGCGGCCGGUCCAGAAGCCUGUCCGUCUCCCCUGCCGGCAGUCCGUCAGCCGCCACUGCCGCCGCAACAGCCGCCGCGGGAACCGGCUUCACAGCUAAAAGCAACCUUGCAGCCAAGGCGAGCUUAACUCCUAGCCCCGCCCCCUGGUCAAUGUGUCGAUUCCGCCUCGCCACUCUCCUCGAAAUCGCCUUCUCCUUCCUCCUCCUCUUCGUUACCCUCCUGCUGCAUCGCAAUGGCUGCCUCUCCCCCUCCUCCCCCGCCUUCCCCAUCUGCUGGCGCAACCUAGGCGUCUCGCUCCCCCCAUCCCUCCGCCAAUCCCUCCCCCCAUCUGUCGUGCAAGGGAAGAGCCGGGGGGGAGUGACAGGCGGGGGGGAAGGAAUGGGGGGGAGAAGAGAGCGUGGGGGAAUGCAGGGGGUGGCGGAAGGGGUUGGGGGGAGGGGGGAGAGAGGGGGAAGUGUAAAUGUAUUGAGAGGGGAAGGGGACACGUCAUUACUACGAGUGCUGAUGCCAGGCAAUGGGGGAGCCAGUGGGGGAAGCAGGGGGGAAGGGGGAAGGGGAACGGUUGGCCUGGGGGAAGCAGAGUCGGCUGCAGCUGCUGCGUUGAUGGGGCGAGGGGGGGAGGAGGGGAGAGGGAGUGCGGAAGGGGAAAGCAACGGCGGGGGAAGUGAUGGGAGGGAUGGCGGGGAAGGGGAAGGAGCGAAAUUUCAGCCAUUAGCAGAAGGGGAAGGUCCGACUACUAGGAACGAGCCAGGGGGAGGGGGAAGGGGAGGAGGGGGAGAGGGAGGCGAGGGGGAAAGGGGAGGUGAGGGGGAAGGGGAGGCGCAGCAUGGGGGGAGGAAGGGGGGAGACGAGUGGGUGCUGCGGCCUGAUGAGAAGUUCAUGUGGUUCGCCAGUCAUGGCGGAUUUGGUAACCAGGUGAUUCAACUUGUGUGGGGCCUUCGCCUAGCAGGUCUCCUGAACAGAACGCUCAUCAUCCCGCCCAAGCUCUCGCACUUUGCCAAGUCGUCUGGCAUCGGUCGGUGCGACCGCAACCCCACCAAGCCGGACCGGACGCGGCAUGACGCGUGGGGGCACUACUCUGACAUGAUGCGCGGGGGGAAGGGCUAUGUGUCCAUGGCUGAUGUGCUCGAUUUCAAGACUCUGCCGCCCGCUUUCAUCCGCACCAUCGAUCUGCGGCACUUUGCCGCCCGGUUCUGCCACUGUGACGUGGCGCCUGCCUGCUACGGUGGCGCGUGUCGGCAGCUGACUCACGGGCGGCACCACGAUCCCCACUCACGUAAGGAUGACAAGUGCAUGUGGGAGUGCGGGGCAAAGCUAGGGGCGCAGGGAGGGGCAAGUAAGAAAUGGAGGAAGGAGGGGGUGCUGUUUCCGAUUGACAACACGUGCAAGGACACUCUCUGGACCGUUGGCAAUUAUGCAAGUCUCAAGGACCUGGUGGCAGCAGUGGGGGAGAAGGAGCCAGCGGUGCCGGCCUUUGCACACAUCAACGUGAAGCACAACCGCAACGAGCCCGUGCCUCUCAAUGUAUUUGCCACUCUGGGGGAUGCCUCGCCUGCCAAGGACAGCAAGGUGUUGGCCUUCCCAUCGCUCUUCCAUCCUCGCAUAGCAGACAUAAACCUGGAGUGGGACGACCGUGUGCAAGCGAUCAGAGAGGCCCCUGUGUCAAUGCCCUUCACGCCCCCCAUAAUGGAUCUGGCUCGGGAUUUCAUAUACAACAGCAUAGGCAGACCCUUCGGCUGCAUGCAAGUGCGGGGCACGGAUGGCAUGUUCGUCAAGGCGCUAAAAAACACUCUCAAGGAUGCGGAGGCGACGCUAAAGGAGAUGCUUAAGCGCAACCCGAAAGCCCACGCCCCUCCCCUCAAGUUCCCGCUCUUCCUUAUGACUGAUAUUCCCAAGGCCUCGUGGAAAGGAACCUUCCUCGAGCACCUCGGGGAAUUUCCUGUUGAGCUUUUCACUGUAGACGGGAUUAUGGAUAGGGUAAACGCCGCAGCGCGAGCGAUUUUAACGGAGGAGAUUGGGCUGUAUGCUAACAGGGGACAGUCGUACCUGAAUGGUAACGGGGUUGCUAAUAUGGGGGAUGGAGCUGGUGUUGCUGGUGCUGGUGCUGGUGGUGGGGGGAAAGGAGGCAUGCAGAUUGGACCUCAAACUCCUGUGAGACAAAGAAGGCGCAGCCUGGCAGCGGCCGAGAAAAGGGAAGUUGAGAGAUCUGCACACAGGCUAGAGGGUGGUAGAAGGUUAGAGGAACAGGAGGAUCACACAGGAAGGCGCAGACUAGCAGAGGGGGGAGGGGAGGAGGGGGAAAAGAGAGCGGAAGAGCUUGAGGAUAUAGUGUUGUUCGUCGAACAAGCCAUUUGCUGCCAUGCGACCCUUGGCACGUUCACCACGCUCAAGUCCACUGCUGGCAGCCUCGUGCAUGCUCUGAGGAGGGCAGGGAACUGUGUUGUGGAGGAAGAGGCGUUUCAGAGGCAAGGGGGGAGGAGAUGA